GGCUGGGCUGAAUGGACCGUCUCUGUAAAUCCUGUGUGAUGCUGAGAGCUGUGGUUUCUGGCCUUUCAGGGAGCUUGAAACCGAGUGGGUUCACCAGCCCCUCGGAGGGAGAUGUCUCCAGCGAGUCCAGCUCUUUACUGGAAGCCCAGCACGGCCCUGUCCCAAAGAACCCCACCCUCUUUGUGGGCUACGCCUUCAUCCUCACCGUGGCAACAGAAUCGGACCGGAGGACCAACAAACAAGCUCAACGGGACGGAGCUGUCAGCAGCGAGGAGGACGAGGAGUAUGUGGAGACUGCAGCCUACAAUAAGCAGUACACUGAGAAACAGCUCCGGGCAGGUGGUGGCUAUAUUCUGCAGGAUUUUAAUGAAGCACAGUGUAAAGCUGCGUACCAGUGCGUACUGAUCGCAGACCAGCACUGUCGAACGAAGAAAUAUUUCCUUUGUAUUGCCAGUGGAGUUCCAUGUGUGUCUAACCUCUGGGUCAGGGACAGUUGCCUCGCAAACCAGCUGCAGCCUUACAAGAAUUACAUGCUUCCUGCAGGGUACAGUAUCGAGGCAGACCGCAUCCUGGAGUGGCAUCCACGGACCACUCCAUUCAAGAACAUGAAGUUACUGCUUGUUUCUGACCAGCAGGAGGGUUUCCUUAGCCUGUGGUCAGAGAUUCUUAUGAUGGGAGGAGCGAUGUCGGUCAGACAGCACAAUUCAACAGCACACAACAAGGAUGUCCCACUGGGGAUCUUUGAUAUUGUGGUGACGGAUCCCUCUUGCCCAGCCUCGUUGCUGAAGUGCGCUGAGUCACUGGCCCUCCCUGUUGUCUCACAGGAGUGGAUCAUCCAGAGUUUGGUCACGGGACAGAGAGUCAGUCACAACAGCCACCCCAAGUACAAACACACCUACCAACCCAGUUAAAAGGAAAUGUCCCAUCAUGCCCUGUCCUCGCUCCCUCAACCGCCAAUCAAUUGUGACAUUGUUUUACAUUUUAGAAGCUUUUAAUUGUGUGUGUUUGUAACUGCAUGUAUGAAAAUGUACAUAGUUUUAUUGGUUUCAUUUUUAUUAAAAAACAUGGAGUAAACUGUGGUUCUGG